CGAUUUAGUGCAUUCGUUUUUCAUAAAAAUUACGUUUGCCAUGUUUAAUUGAUAGUAGGUACCACUGCAUAGAAGCAUUGAAGGAUUUAUAGCUGUUAUAAACUGCAAAUCACUUGACCUGGGGAAUGCAAUAAAUGUCGAAACAGAUUUUAUCAUACUGAGCCCUGAGGUAAACAGGUUGUGUUGACUGUUGUAGUGAAAAACAAGGACAUGGAUUAAAUUACGGUAAUUUGUAAGGAUGAGUGUUAAACUGGUGCAGACAAAUCAUCUAUCUGUUUCAAUGUUAAAUGUCAACAAGUUUCCAAGGUUGAUGAUGGGAACACCGGUGGCCCUGUUUUGAUACAAGUUCAAGGACUGACUAUGGAUCCCAACAGUCCAAGAUAUGAGAUAGUUAAAGAUAUGGAAGAAACUGAAAAUGCUGAGGAAAAGCUUGACCCUCUUACAGAAGCAAAGAAUAGCAAAAACAGGAACGAGGGUGAAACAGAGAGGCUAACAUCUAAUCUCAUUGAAGACGAGGACAAAGUUAUUGAUAAUUCUGAUACAAAAGUAGAUGAAAAUGUAGGUACUAGUUUAAUUGUGUCUUCUGAAAACUCUGCUGGUGCUGCUAAUAAUAAUGAUGAUGAUGAGAAAGCAGAAAAUAAUAACCAAACCAAAGAUGACAAUGAUAAAAGUAAAGAUGAAUUGAAUAAAGAGAGUGAAAGUGAUAAAACCGAAGAGAAGAAAAGGGAUGAUGAUAUCGUUGUGCUUGUUGCAGGGAAAGACGAUGUUGAUGCGGCGAGUACAUACUCUCUGUUCAUGGAGAAAGAUUUCCGCUACUAUUUCCAGCAUCCAUACUGUCGACUGUUCAUUGCCUAUUUUGUUGUAUUUUGUAAUUUUCUCAUAUACGCAGAGGAUCCAGUGGCUCACAGCAGAAAGGAGUGCCUUAUUCCGAUGAUUGGAAAUGAUUUUGCAUUUGUGUGUACGAGAUAUCCUGCCAAUGCUUGGAGCUUGCUGAAGGUUGUGUUCUGGUUAACUGGGCUAAUUGUUGGCCUGUUUAUCGGAAAACUUCUUGUUCAUGGACUGCUCUUCAAUAAGUUAUUUCGCCUAAAGAUGUUCAGUGACAGCCAGGGAUCAUGGAUGGUGAUGUUCCUUAUUUCACUGAUCACGAUCUUCAUCAUGUCUUUGUUCUACAAUCUCUUUCUCAUGAUCGGCGGUGAAGCGAUGGAGCCGUACCGAAUCUCAGAUCUCAUGGGCAUACGUAAUGAUAUCUUCAUGAAAGCUGCUGCAUGUGGAACAUGGUGUGGCGAUUUCUUCACUGCAUGGAUGGUGACAGAUAUAAUGUUACAAGAGAAGCUGUAUCCCGGCUGGGCACGGCCCGUCAGGACGUGGUGGAAGAGAGGGUGGAACCGAAUCAUUUUGUUCUGGAUCGUUGUGGCUAUUACAUCAUUUGUGGUUAUCUUCGUCAUCGCUACUGACUACAUACAGUGGGACAAGCUGAACCGUGAUUUCCUGCCGACAAAUGAAGUCUCACGGGCUUUUCUGGCUUCAUUUAUUCUUGUGAUGGAUUUCCUUAUUGUUAUGCAGGACUGGGAUUUUCCACAUUUUAUGAGUGCGAUAGACAUCAAACUACCUGGUUUGAAUAUGGCCCAUAUCCGGUUCAGUAUUCCAAAAUUUCUGAAGAAAGACAAAUGGCAGGUGCAUAUAACAGGAAAAUGGUUCAAUUAUGGAAUACUUUUCUUAGUCAUGCUACUGGAUAUGAACAUGUGGAAAAACCAGAUUUUCUACCAGCCGUAUGACUAUGGCCAGUACACAAACCCAGAUGGCAGAAUUUAUACAGUGCAAGAUGACUUUAGUUUGGAAAAUCACAAUGAAACACAGAUAACAUAUUCGUUUAGGAACUCUACGAUUAAUAAUAAAACUGGAAAACCAUAUAUAGAUGGGGACACCCAUAUGAAUACAAAAUAUCUUGACAUCUCAAUUGGAAUCAAAGGAAUAGCUUUUGUACCGAGUAUAGCUGCCUUCAUUGUGUUUGGAGUUCUAAUAUGGAACUUUGGUAGGUUUAAACCAACGGAGCAUGACCCUUACGCUGGAAGAUUAAAGAAGAGACUGAAAAAGAGGUUAUCUUUCAAGAAUCUGUCCUUCAGAUUACCAUGGCGACGUAGGGAGGAAGUUAGAAGAAAAAUUCAUGCAGUGCCCAAAUUGUUAUACUUCAAACGGAAAGGCACAAAAGGAGAAAAAGAACAAAUAGAACAGAAGGAGAUUCCUGCAGAGGGAUUUAUUGAUGAUUCUGAAGCAAAGAUCGAAGAGAAAACUGAGCCCACAGUUGUUGAAAACACUGAUAAAAAAAUUGAGGAAAAAGUUGAGGAAAGUACUAAAUAACUGUUAAGAUGAAGGUUAUUAAAAUUUAAAAGGGAUUUUUUUUAGUUUUUAGGAUGCCAGUUUCUGUCAGCUUAAAUGAAGUGUUUCGUGUUUUUAAUUAGGCACUGGUAAUUCAUCAUAUCAAAAUCAUUGGAAACUCAGAUUGUUCUUUAGCCGUUUAGAUAUAAGCAAUAAUUUUCAGCCAAAGAUAGUAAAAAUAAAAGUGUUUGUGUAGAUAUGUUUAUUUCAUCUAAUGAUGAUUUUUAUUAUAUAUUUAUUUUUAUUGUACAAAUGUAUUGAUGUUGUACAAACAAUAUCAUACCUGUAGUUCACUAAGAAUUGAGGAGUCCUUCCGUAAACUGAAUAGCUUUCAGCAUUAAAACAAAUAUGUUUUUGUUAUAAGAAAGAAAAAAAAAACAGAAAAAUGCAGGCAUUUUUUUACUAAUAUUUUAAAAUUUUAGUACUUGAAAUGGUAUUCUGUUGUUUUUAUCAGUGCUGUAUACAUUAUUUGGCACAGAAUUCUUGCUGCCAGUUUUACUUAAAGAUCAUUUCUCCCACAGUAUAGUACUGUACGUGUACAAAGAAUAAAAGAGAAUAUACACCAGCUUGGUAAUGAAGUGAUGAAAAGAUAUGGACAUCAUUAUUUAGAUGUCAGUUCUUCCUAAUUUGUAGCUCCUGGAAAUGUUCAAUGUCUGAGAGACCUGAUUCUCUACAUUAUUGAUACUGACGUUGUGUUUACUAACUGUCUGAUUCACCAAAUCAGUAACAGAGGUUUUUUUUUCUUCUUUUUUUUGUGUGAAUUUCUGCUCUAUUUUCAAGACUCAUACGGUAUAUGAGUUGUGUCUCAUUAUACGAUGUUAUUCAUUACAUUAUGGUAUAUACAUGUAUACUACCAUUAUUUGUUGUUUUUUGUACUUUUUAAGCUAAUGUUAAAUGCUGUUACUUAAGGCCAUAUUGUAAAUAAGGUAAUUAUGUUAUAAUGUGUAGCCUUCAUGAAUAAAAAGUAUUUAUUGUUAUUUACUUAACAAAACAGCUGACCCUCCAUUUGCCAUUCUGCCAAUAUUUUGAAAAAUAAUAACAACAUUUUCUUGAAAUUUAACUUACAUGUAGAACGGUAUGUUGUUGAUAAUAUUUGAAAGUUUCAACAAAAUCAAACCAUGACAUCGUAUACAUUUUAUACAUUUUACGACAGCAACCCUUUUUUAAAAUACACUAAAAUGUCUAUAAUUUACAUGCUUGCAGAAAAUGAUAUGAUUGAAAAAAGUAACAAGAAAAAACAGAAUAACGUUUUUGUGCCCUAUCGAAAAAGACUAUUUGAUAUUUGUAUGAUAUUUUGUAUGUUUUCUGGUAAAAAUAAAACUUACACCCUUUUAUUCUGGUAAACUGUAUUCAUGUGUUUUCUUAAAACAGCAUUUAUGUGUAUUUUUAAGUGGGAUGUUAAAGUAAAGUGAUUAAAAUUAUAUAUUGAGGUUAUUGAGAGUUUUGAAAUUUUUAUUUCUUUUUAACGAUAUGUUGAUCUAAAUGUAUGCAAAAUUUUAAAGAAGUAUAUUCAACAUCUCUUAAGAUAUUGGCAAAUGAGCAAAUGGUGGGCUAGCUGUUUUGUUCUGUAUAUUUUUAUUACUGCUACUAUUACUAUUAUGAUAGUCAUUAUUGAAAUUUCUCCAUAAAUAUAUAUGAGCCGUGCCAUGAGAAAACCAACAUAGUGGGUUUGCGACCAGCAUGGAUCCGGACCAGCCUGCGCAUCCGCGCAGUCUGGUCAGGAUCCAUGCUGUUCGCUAACAGUUUCUCCAAUUCCAAUAGGCUUUAAAAGCGAACAGCAUGGAGCCUGACCAGACUGCGCGGAUACGCAGGCUGGUCUGGAUCCAUGCUGGUCGCAAACCCACUAUGUUGGUUUUCUCAUGGCACGGCUCAUAUAUGUGUGUGUUCCAUAUUUCUAUCAAGUGUAUAUAAUGUGCCUAAAAUCUUUUGUACUUCUUUGUAGAAAACCUAUAUUUUAUGAUGUUUAGGGAAUAUUUGUUAAGUGUUAGAAAUUGUAUAUUUUAUAUAGUGUUCUACAUUUUUUCCUCGUGCUAUUGUUGCCAAAUUAAAGCAUUAAAAUCAUCAUUUGUAAGUCUGUUAGGAGAUUUGUAUGCCAUUGUUCUAUUUAAAGAUAUCUAUUUUUCUACUGAACUGUCUGGACAAAAAUAUCUUUUGUAAAAGAAUCAGAUUGUAUCAUAAAUCACCCAAGUAAAUAAUGCAAAGGUAUGACUGCUCGUUUCACAAAUUUUUCCACAAACGUAAGAUAAAAUCCCUCGAUUUAUGGCAGGUGAAGAUUAUGAUAUACUUGUAAAUGACUGUGAUGUUGUCAGGCAACUCAUUGCAGUUUUUAAAGUAGUAAACCGCUGCUUGAUGUCUAUAUAUUACCAUUGUGAUCAAUGAAUUGUCAUAUUUUCACAUCUGUUCAUAAAUUUGGUCAAAUUUGUCCAUGAAUAAACCAAUUUUGGUCCGAGAUUUUGUCACUUUUUCCCAUGAAAAUAGUCACAUUAUUCCAUGGAAACACAGUCACCUGGGGUGACUUUGUUCCAUGUAAAGGGUCACGUUUUCCCAUGAAAAACACUUCUUGAAAAGGGUCAUUUUUCCAUGAAAAAAUCCUUGAAAAGGGUCAUUUUCCCAUGUCGAAAAGUUCACAUUAUUCAAUAAAUAAGGUCCAAUUGUUCCAUGAAAAAGGUCAAAUUACUCCAUGAAAGGUCACAUUACUCUGUGAAUAGAGUUAUUUUGGUUCUUUUAAAAAAGGGAAUUAGUUCAUGUCUCAACAUUAAUAGUGUCCAUUAAUAUGACUUCCAUUAUAAAAUUGGACUCGUAAUCUCUGUUAAAAUGAUAGAGCCCAAUAUCAGUAAUUUUAAAUUUCAAUAGUGUUUGUAAAUUUCUUGACUAAAUUUAUCCGAGAUAUAAUUUUUUGUAUAAACAUAAAUAUUGCCAAAUGUACUGAAUGGUAAAAAAACAAAUCUUGCAGAAAAAGUUACUUGAAGUUAAAGAACAAAUUUUGCAGGAAAAAGUACUUAGGUGAUUUGUGAUAUGACUGCAUUUAUUUUUCUACUUGCACAUAUAGAUAGAAAAUGCACAAAUAAAAAUUAGAGGAUUUAGAUUUUAAAGAAACCAUUUAAGAUUUUAUAGUGUUAUAUUUGAAGCAAAUUUAUGAUAGAUGUAGAGAAAGAUUCCCCAUAAUUGAUAGAUGUAAAGAAACUUAUGUGUGAACUAUCAUUCUCAGUAACCUCACAGUAAAGUUGUUUAUUUUUUGCAGGGUAAGCUGUAAGUAUACUUAGAUGGAUGAUUCUGCAUCUGCUAGCUGUUGUCCUGUAUCUGCAUUUUUACAUAAACAUCUUCUCUGUAACAACUGGUCAAAAUGAAACCAAACUUGAUCAGUAGCAUCCUGGCAUGGCCAUCUCUCAAGUUUGAUCAAACUGUUCCUCUAAACGCCUUUUAGGAUCUUAAAAUAUAAAAACUUUUAAAUGACUUCUACACGUGAACUACUUGAUGGAGCUUCACGAAACUUUGUCCAUAGUAUCUUUAUAUAGACUUAUAUCAGUUUUUUUCAGAUGGUUUUGCUUUGUCUGUAAGAGCUAUAAUUAUGCCCCCUAAGGUAGGCAUAUUAAAAUCGCACUGUGCGUCCGGUUAAUUCUUGUCUGGGCUGUAACUCUUCCAUCCAUAAAGGGAUUUUGAAAUCACUUGGCAUAAAUGUUCACCAUAAUGAGAGGACAUGUCAUGCACAAGACACAGACCCCUACCUCCAAGAUCAAGGUCACACUUAGAGGUCAAAGGUUAUCAUGGUCUGUUUCGUAUCUGGUCCUUAACUCUGCCAUCCAUGAAGGGAUUUUCAAAUAACUUGGCAUAAAUGUUUACCACAAUGAGUCGGCAUGUCAUGCGCAAUAUCCGGACCCCUAGCUCCAAGGUCAAGGUCACACUUAGCAGUCAAAUGCUAAAAGUGUCUGUUUUGUGUCCUUGACCAUUCAUCAUUGGAUUUUGAAAUUACUUGCAUAAAUGUUCCUCAUAAUGAGACGUGUCAUGCGCAGGAUCCAGACCCCUAGCUCUAAGGUCAAGGUCACACCUAGAGGUUAAAGGUUAACAUGGUAUGUUUCUUGUCUGGUCCAUAUCUCUGCCAUUGAUGAAGGGAUUUUGAAAUUACUUGGCAUAAAUGUUCCCUAUAAUGAGGUAGGUGUCAUGCACAAGACCCAGACCCCUAGCUCCAAGGUCAAGGUCACACUGAGAAGUCAAAGGUUUUUCUUGUCUGGUCCAUAACUCUGCCAUUUAUCACGGGAUUUGAAAAUUAUUUGAAACAAAUGUUAACCAUAUUAAGAAUGUGUGUCUUGCUCAUGACCCGGGCCUCUUGGGUCAAGGUCAAGGUCACAAAAUGAUGUGUGAUUUUUUUAUGCAUGCAGCUUUAGCAUUUUUGGGCAUGCUUCAGGGGCAUUUGUUACCAAUAGUGACAGCUCUUGUUAAAAGAAAAAAAGCUAGAAAUGCCAUUUUCCAUAUGAAAUGCUUCAUGGAUGUUCACCGAAAUUGGUUAGAAGCAAGGUCAAAAAGUAUAAUUAUGUCUCCCACCACACAGUGGUGUGGGAGACGUAUUGAUUUACUCCAGUCUGUGUCUGUCUGUCUGUCUGUCUGUCUGUCUGUCACAAAGCUUGUCCGCACUCUAAGUCGAACAUUUCUCAUCCGAUCUUCACCAAACUUCAACAAAAUGUGUCUGCCAAUAAGUGCUCGGCCAUGUUCGAUAACUAGCCAAAUCGGCCUAGGCACUUCGGAAUUAUGGCCCUUGAAUUACCAAAAACACUCAGAUUUCUUGCGCAGUUUUACCCCCAAACCAGCACCUAUACUACUAGUAGUAUAUGUGUCCUUUUGGUGUCAAGAAAGCGCAUGCACAUGUGGAUUAAGUAAACAGUAUAUAAAGACUGACUUAAUAUUUAGAUGAUUAGGCAGUUGUGGGAGACAUGCGCUUUUCUCAAAAGCAUCUCUAGUUAGGUGAAUGACUUUAGGGCCUCAUUGUCAUUUUGUUACCAGCUUGGAAUAUGGUACUCACAAAUGUCAGAAUUGCAGCAACAACAUUUACAUACAUUUACUAAGAUAACUUUCAUGUACAUGUAUAUUUUUUUAAUGUCUUAGGGAACAAAUAUUGUAUUUAUUCACUCAUUGGUUUUCAUUUUUUGGGUUAAACAUUAGGAAACAUUUUUUGGUGCAGUCAUAUAAAGGUGGAUUUGCUGAUUAAUUUUCUAUGGUUAGUUAACCAGCCCUUAUAGGAUUUGAAUACAAUGCAAACAACAAUGCAAACAAUGUAACAGCAAUCAAAUUAGCAUUAAAAGGCCAUAUAAACAGUUUGUAAAUCAAAUACUUGAUAAGUAAUAUGUUUAUAUUUUCUUCUCAAAAGCAAAAAAAUCCAAACACUGAGAAACUUAUUGUUUAUUUAUAAAUCAUUAAAUCUGUGCUGUUAAUUUAUUGACAUAACUGUAAAUAUAGAAACAUUGUUUGAAACCAGAUAAUUAUUUUCAUGUGAUAUUGUUGGCUUCUUUAAGUAAAGUCAGUUUCUAAGAUUAUAUAAAAUAAGCAUAGGUAUUGUACAGGGGAGAAUAUCACUUAAAAACUAUAAACUACAGACAAACCUGUUUUAAGCAGCCACCAAAGGGAGCAGCACAAUUUGGCUGCAUAAGGCAGGUGGUUACUUAAAUUAGAACAGAAAGUCAAUAUGUGAAGUUAGCUAACUGGCUGCUUAAGGCAAGUAGCUGCUUAAUAUAGGUGACUGCUUAAUACAGGUGACUGCUUAAGGCAGACUCAACACAUUUGAACUGUUUACUGACAUUGCAUAAAAGUUGACAGAUGGAUUCACAUAUGGGUUUGCAGUGACCCUGAACAGUUAAUAUGCAGUUUCAAGACGAAAACUUGAGAACGCUUUGGCCUAGGAUGAUAAGUUUUGGUGUGCAGGUGUAACAUCAUAAAUUACAGGUCAAGUUCGACUUUCAGUUCUGUAGGUCAAAGGUCAAGGUCACAGUGACUUGGAACAGUUAAAUCGUUUCCGGAUGAUAACUUGAGAAUGCUUUGGUCUAGGAUCAUAAAUUUUUGUACACAGGUGUAACAUGAUAAAAUACAGGUCAAGUUCGACUUGAGUUCAGAAGGCCAAAGGUCAAGGUCACAGUGACCCUGAACAGUUAAAAUGGUUUCCAUGUGAUAACUUGAGAUCCCCCGGGCCUAGGAUGAUAAAUUUUGGUACACAGGUGUAACAUCAUGAAAAACAGGUCAAGUUUGACUUUGAGGUUAGUUGGUUAAAGGUCAAGGUCACAAUAACACAAAACAGUUAAACAGUUUUUGGAUGAUAAUUUGAGAAUGCUUGGGCCAAGGGUCAUGAAAAUUGAAAGGGAGGAUGUUUAUGACCAGCAGUCGACCUCUAUAGAUUUUGAGGUCACAGGUCAAGGUCACAAAGACCCGGAUUAUUUAAAUGGUUUUCGGACAAUAACCAGAAUGAUUGGGACUAGGCUCACGAAACGUAAUAGGGAGGUUGGUCUUGACCAGCAGAUGACCCAUAUUGAUUUAUAGUUCCAAAGGUCAAAGGUCAAGAUGACCCGGAACAUGUAAACCUUUUCCAUACAAUAACUUGAGAACACUUGGGCUGAGGAUCAUGAAACUUCAUAGGGAGGUUGAUCAUGACCAGCAGAUGACCUCUAUUGAUUUUGUUCUGCUUUGAUUUUGGGCGAGUUCUGUGACAAGGCCAUAUUGUGUGGAUAUAAUUCGUCACUCCUGUGACAACUCUAGUUUCACACAGUUCUCUCACCAGUCAGUGAAAAAAUUCAUUGUUCUUGGAGCUGUUUUCUACUGUGAUAAUGAUAUUUCUUUAAUCUUCCAUAAGGGGCCUCUGUGGCCAAGUGACUUUAAAUCACUUACCCCUCAUCGAUGUGGGUUUGGGCCUCACUUGGGGUGUUGUGUGAGAAAGCCAUCCAGCUGAAUUACGGAAAAUUGGAGGUUCUACCCAGAUGCCCACUCAUGAUGAAAUAAUACAUGGAGGGUCACCUGGGGUCUUCCUUCUCCAUUUAAGCUGUAAAGUGGCCAUAUGACCUGUAAUUGUCUUGGUGCAAUGUUAAACCCAACAAAAUAAAAAGGAAAUAAAUUAUUCUUCCAUUAAACAGUUGUACAGUUUACUAGGUCAUAACUGGGAAUAAUUUGGUCUUUUUGACAUUUUUAUAGCAAAGCAGGGUAAUAGAAUUGUUGAUGCUAUUUUUACAUUUGAAAACUGGAAAACAUAUAAUAUUUUGAUUAUGUAGAAAAUUGUGCGUGGAUGGAAAAUACUGUAGUAGUUGGUAUUGUGUUAUGGCCAGACAAAGUGGUAUACUGUGUCCAGAGAAAACAGUAUACGGAGUUGUGACCAGAGAAAAUUGAACUAAACUAUUUGUUUUCAGAAGGGCAUAACUUUAUUUGAGUAACUGUUCAAGAGUUACCUCCCUUGAAUUAUGAGAUAGUAAUAUCAGCACAGUAAUUAUACUGUUUUUCAUGUCAGUAAUAUUGUGACUGAUUUAAAAUGACCUUACUGCAUUUUAUGCAUACAUCGAUUUUGAAACAAAUGUAAAAUUGGGUCUUCUCAAGAAAUUGGAAUUUUUGUACUAGAGCCUGUGUUCAUUAUGUUUAAGUUGUACAUUUAUAUUUGUAAUUGUUGUAAACUUCUAUCUAGGUGCUAUUUCCUUGUAGUCAUUAAAUGUAUCACAUAAAUAUAUAUCAUUAGGUUUCUAUUUGUGUUUUUGUCUACACUGUAUCAUCUAUUGAAAAUUGUAUAUGAUAUAAACAUCCGUAUCAGACAUAUGUAUUCUUAUUUCACCAUCUUUGUCAUUUUACUUGUACAAAUUAGAUAAAUAGAGUACUUGAAACAAGGAAAUGAACUUCUACCUUCCUUUUCGAGGUAACUAUUUUUUUGUGUGUGAAUAUUGUCUAUAUUCUAGUCUUACUACUGGAAACUGCACAAAAUUAGCACUGGUUCAUAGACUCUAUAGGUCUUAUAUUUUGCAUUCUCGCAUACCAGAGGUCUACCGUGGUUCGGGAUUUUGACGAACAUCUGAUGGAUGAGAACGAUAUUUUGUUACUGUUAGAAUUUUUAAAAUGCUACCAGCAUCCUUUUGAAUAUUUACAGCAUCUUUUUGAAUAUUUACAACAUCUUUUUAUAUAUUUUAAGUGCUUAAUAUCUAUUCUUUUCAGAAAAAAUAUCAAGAUGUUAAUGUACUGUAAAACUGAAGUCUUAAAUGUUUCUUAACAUGUAAUAACUUCGAGGCGGACGUUAUAACAAGGCGACGUCGUACACAACCUAACACCAAAACACUGGGAAAAAUAACCAAUCACAGCAAAUGUUAAUAAUAACCAAUAAUUUGUUGGAUUUGAUAAUAAACAAUUGUUGUCUUAUAGGUUCCGUCAAUAGGAGGGUUUAGUAAGUAAGUGAAGACUUUAUUUAACGAGGCUACACAUUUAUCCACCUGGAAAAGUGAUAUAGGUUUAUAUCACCUUUUCCAGGUCGAUAAAUCCUAUGGACUUCUCUAAAAUACAAUUACUGUGUAGCAUUUCAUCCGUUAACAUUAAAUAAAACAGGUUAUUUUUUUGCAACGCUAAAACAAACGAGUUUUCUAAAAUCUUCAGUUAGCUUCAAUGUCACAGUUUUUCAGCACAAGUCUUUUCAACUCAAAUAUUGUUUGUUAUCAUUGUCACAGUGUUCUUUGCAUGUCUUUACAUUGUGUUAAACAUUUUUAUUUUUUAACUUGUCUUGUUUUGACUUAAAUUCUGUUUUUACCAGAAAAUAAAUGGACCAUCUUUUCAUGUUUUAUGUUUUGAACAGAAUUUGUCUCAGAAAAAUAGUUUAUCUUUGGUCCAAGUUUAUCAGCUAUUUUUCUUUACCCAUCUUUUACAUUGUUUUAUCUUGUAAACAUGUAUACCUUUUAUAUACAUGCAGAUAUUAUUGUUUACAUUGUUAUUUUCAAGUUUUAUGAAUUUUUAAAGUAUAAUGAAAGUAAUUUCUGGCCUACCUAGUGUGGAAAGUAUACAUUUCUAUGACCAUGUGCCAGCAAUAGAUAUUCCUGUCUUUCCCUAGAGAAAAACCAUGUCUAAAAUAGCAUGCAUUUUAGGUGACGUUACAAUUAGUACUUACUCUAUUAACUCAUUAAUACCUGAAGGCAUAUCGCCACUUAGUUACUGAUAUCAAUUUUCCAAUACAUUCCUGAGCCACUUAUCAAUUUAUCUGCUCUGUAUGCCGGUGGAUUUUUACCGAUACCAGUAAUCAAUAAUCGAUAAGAUCUCUGCAUCCUUUGAUCAAUAUUACGGACAUACUUCUGUUUGUAACAGAUGUAUAAAACUGAAAUUUUCACAACUAAUACGAAAAUUUAUGAUCUGUUCAAUGAUUAAAAUUUCACUAUUAUUUUAAUUUGCAAAAUCGUUUUAUAGGCCAACUGAAAUAACAUGAAUGUGGAAAUCUGCCGUAUUCAAGAAGAAUUGGACUUAGUAAAAUAGCCAUUAUUUGAUGAUUAUAUAUUUAUCUAUUGCUAAAUUUAAAACAAAUGCAAUAUGCAAGAAUGAUAUUAUACUUUAUUUUAUAAAAUUGAAAAUACUGAAUCAUAUAGAAAAACAUUGUAGUAUAAUAUAAAGAGAAGAUAAACAGGCAAUAUCUAUAAAUAACUUUCUGAUUCAGAUAUUUAGUGAUAAAUAUAUUGAAAAUACAUGUUCAAAUAAUAAAUAUUUUUAUUGUUCCGAUUGCUUCCAUAUUUAAUAAAUCUUUUGUGUAAAAUAUUUUCAUUUGUUGACUAUGACAGGGGUCUAAUCGUUAGUACUGUUACAAACGGAAAAUCACGUCACGCGGCAUACAGUACUAUCUGGCGGAGAGUGCAUUAUGCGUUCCUAGGCAUACACGUGUUUUAUCUUUCCACAGAUAAAUACGACAUACGGUACUCGAUAAGAGUUGAAACGAACGCAAAAAUGCGAUCUGCAUCCUUAAUGAGUUAAGACGUCAUAAUCUGCAUAUAUACUCCCAAUUUUUUUAUUACCAGUGAAGUUAUUAUUUGACAAGAAUUGUUUUAAAAAAUAUUUCCAGCAUUACUUUUCCUUGCAUUCUUCAAAUGAGUCUUUCUCCUGCUGAUAUAUAAUUAGACAACAAAAACUGAAUGUAGACAAAUCAGUGACAAGAAAUAUGUAAAGUAUUGAAUUUUUAUACUGUAGCAUGCAGAUCUGUGAUUGAAACAAGGCAAUCAGAAACGAUACUUUAUUUAAAAGUUGUCAAAAAAAUGCCUGAAUUGUUUAAGAAAAUAGCAACAUUCAGUUACUGAAUAGAAUUUUUUUUCAAAUUUCAGCGCGAUAGUGAAGUAUUUUUGUACAUCUGAUUUUUAACUGCUGUUGAAUCUAAAACCUCACACCCACCAUUAUACUUCACAUUUCUACUUUUGUUUACAGUUUUUUGUUUUAAGUUGGUCAGGUAGAUAGUGAACAAAUCUACUUUACCAUGUUUUCUAUGUUACUGAAUAUUAUUCUCAAUUAUCCAUAGCUUGUGUAACAAUGGCUAAAUACAGUAUAUAUAUAUAUAUAUAUAUAUAUUGUAGUCCAUGUGUACCUUGAAGCAUUGUGAUAAAUAAAGCAUACUUUCUGUA